CUUGGGACAACUACUUAUAAUCAACGAACAGCGACACAACAUCUGAAUACCUCGAGGCAUAUCAACACAUGUCUGACUUGUAUCGCUCGGCUCUCAGUUCGCGCAUCGCCAAGCUCCCAUUAAACCCGCCUGAUGACGGCAGCGAGGACAACGAGGAGGAGGAAGCAGCGAACUCGAUCGGUGACCUCCCAAGUUCCUCAUCGAACAUGGCCCCGCCUUCAAUCUCAAGGCAAAGGCGCAAGCCAAAGACCCCUGAUUCGGCCUAUUCACCCUUGUCUGCAUCGUCAUGCUUCGAACAGGCAGUCAUGGUCAGUGUUCCAACAACAGGGCUGGACAUAAGGGUGUAUUAUACUCCUCCGUCCACGAAAUCGGGCAACAGUGGACCGGGCACAGUUGCAAUCCUCCAUCCGGGUGCGGGCUAUUCUGGCUUAACCUUUGCUCUCGCAGCGCAAGAGAUCACCCGUACAACAAAGGGAGACCUGGGUGUGCUGGCACUUGAUCCAAGAGGUCAUGGGAAGACCAGCUCUCAUCCGAAGCCCACUUCGGGGGUAGAAGACCUUUCUAUAGACAAGAUUGUACAGGAUUUCGUUGAGCUCGUCAAAGUACUAUACCCGGAUGCAAAAUCUGCUCCGACAUUACUCCUGACGGGGCAUAGCAUGGGUGGGUCCGUUGUGACGCGUGCUUCCCCACUUCUUCAAGAUGCCGGCUACAACAUUGCCGGCGUUGCUGUUCUUGAUGUCGUCGAAGGUUUUGCGAUUGAGGCUUUGCCUCAUAUGAACACCCUGCUUAACUCAAGACCAUCGGGAUUCGAUAGCGUCGAACACGGGGUAGAAUGGCACAUAUCGAAUAACCAAAUACACAACCUCGCCUCAGCGCGCAUUUCCGUCCCAGCCACUCUCGUAACCAAUGAUACACAGAGAGGCCCAGCAGUGUUGUGGCGAACGCCCCUGCGAGACACGGCGCCCUAUUGGGAGGGCUGGUUCAAAGGCCUAUCAGAGUCAUUCCUUAGUGUGCGAACGGCUCGAGUUUUGAUACUGGCAGGGACGGAGCGUCUGGACAAACCGUUGAUGAUUGGGCAAAUGCAAGGCAAAUUCCAGGUUGUUGUACUCGCAAAUGUUGGACACAUGCUACAUGAGGAUGACCCGGCACGCACGGCUGAGGUGUUGGUUGAUUUCUGGAAGAGGAACGAGAGAGUAGUCAUCGGGUCAAAGGUGAUUAAGAAAGUUGGAGAAUCUUAAAUUUGAGUCGUCCAUAAUGUAGAGAUCGGAGCUUAGUGAGCUGUAAGCAAUACGGAAUUUAUCGCAUGAAAAGC